AUGGCGACUCGGAGCCCCGCGCGCGACCACGGCCGCCACCAGCACUACUCCGACUUCUCCGACCCCACCUCCCCGAGCGCCAAAAUCCAGCGCCGCUCGCCUGUGCCCCCAAAGGGGCCGUCCUACACCCACAGGACCAACCUCCAUGCCGCCUCGCCCCUCCCGCCGCGCUCCGGCGCCGGCAUCGGGGCCUCCGACGCGCACCACAGUGGCGGUGCCCUCCCCCACCACCACAGGCAAGCAGCCAUGAACGGCCUUCUCCCACUAAUAUUCCUGCUCCUCCCCGCGACAACCAAUGCGGACGACCUUGGGUACUACAUCACCGGCGCCUGUUCGAACAACAUGAACUACACGCGCGGCAGCGCGUUCCAGGCCAACCACGACGCGAUCCUCUCCUCCCUCCCCGCCGCCGCGGCCGCGUCCUCCGGGUUCGCCGAGAACGUCACCGGCGCCGCGCCCGACCUGGCGUACAGCCUCGCGCAGUGCCGCGGCGACGCCAGCGCCUCGGAAUGCCGCUCGUGCCUCGACGGCGCGGUGCGGGACAUGGCCGCCUUGUGCCCUGUCCAGAAGAGCGCCGUGCUCAUCUACGAAGGCUGCCUGCUCCGGCUCUCCAACGCGAGCUUCUUCGGCCGGGUCAAGACGUCGCGCACCACGUACGUGUGCAGCUCGCACAAGGCGUCGUCGCCGGACUUCAAUUCGUCGCUCGGCGCGCUGAUGAGCGGCCUCGCCGAGAAGGCGUACGGCUCCCCGCGCAUGUUCGCGGUCGGCGCCGUCAACCACACGCCCUACGAGAAGAUCCACGGCAUGGCCCGGUGCACGCAGGACCUCAGCCGCGACGACUGCCACAGCUGCCUCGCCAAGGCCGUCAGGAUAAUCCCGGACUGCUGCCCCGGGAGAUCGGGCGGCCGGAUCUUCUUCUGGAGCAGCUCCAUCCGGUACGAGGUGGGCCCUUUCUACAACAUCCAGCUCGCCGAGGCGGCCAUGUCCCCGUCGCCGGCGCCGGCGCCGGCGCCGGGAGGCGGGCCACUCUUCAACGGCGGCGACCACUACCCCGUCCCACGUUGCAAAGUUUAA